AUGUCGCCGGUAUCGGAAUCUCAUCCAGGCUUGUCAAAGACAGAGAAUGGAGUCUUUGAUGUCACGCCAAAAACUGAUUGGCAAAAGUCCGCGUUAGUCUCGUUACGCUCAGCGUCAAGGUAUCACAUACUGACACCAAGGUGCGUUGAGCGCAAUGCGCUUCAAUCGCCUCUACUGCGUCUACCCCGCGAACUGCGCGAUCUCAUAUGGACCUUUACCUUUACGGGGAUUGCAAAACCCGCUUGCAAGGUUUCCCGAUACUCUCCAUUCAGCGUCCUUACCGUAUGCCGACAAAUCUACACCGAAGCUAUCAGUGUGGCGGGACCAUUCCUUACCUGGUCUUUCGUCUGCCUGCGAGACUACGAAUCCUUCUUUUGGGACAUAAUAUAUAGUGAAGGACCAAAGCACAAGAUUCGCCUCGUACACUCCAUACAGAUUGGCGUCGAUCCUUCGGAUCUAUACAUGCUAGCCCAGAUAGUAGAUCCGGGGACUGACGAUGAUGUGGAUGACGAAACGGGUGAAUACCGUCCCACGCUCCGUGCUUUCGAGAAUCUAACGCAUGUGGAUUUACUAUUGUCCGCUACGGGGUUCUUUGCGGAUUCUGAUAACGAAGACGACGAGGAAGCUGAAGAGGUUGAGCCAACCCAGUAUGAGAGCGAAUAUAUCGAGGAAUCCAGAGUGAACUUCACCAAAACUAUGGAACGGAAGCUUCCUAGUGUGCGUGUAACGUACAAGGACUUCGAUGACAGCUCGGCAAUGAAAAGGUUCUGGACAACGCGAGAUCCCAAGGAGUUGAUACUGCGAACGUCCUCUGGUCGGUGA